GGUUCGGGCGGAAGGCCAUGUUGAUGUGGUCCUACCUGCAGCUGGGGGUGAUGGGAACCUGCACGGCCUUCGCCCCCAACUACGCGGCCUACUGCGUCUUCCGCUUCGCCGGCGGGAUGGCCCUGUCGGGCUUUGGCCUCAGCAUCGCCUGCCUGGAUGGAGGGCGGGGUGGCAUCUUCGUGGUCUCUGGUGGAACCAUCCCCAUGGGCUCUGGUGGGACCAUCUCCAUGGUGUCUGAUGGAGGGCGGGGUGGCAUCUUCGUGGUCUCUGGUGGAACCAUCCCCAUGGGCUCUGGUGGGACCAUCUCCAUGGUGUCUGGUGGGACCAUCCCCACAGUCUCUGGUGGAACCAUCUCCAUGGUGUCUAGUGGGGCCUUCUCCAUGGUCUCUGUGGUGGAGUGGAUCCCCACGCCCUACCGCGCCAUCACCGUGGCCAUCACCGGCUUCGCCUACACCCUGGGGCAGAUCCUGCUGGCGGGCGUGGCCUACGCCGUGCCCCACUGGCGCUGGCUCCAGCUCACCGUCUCCUUGCCCUUCUUCGUCUUCUUCCUCUACUCCUGGGCCGGGAAGGUCCGACAGCGGGUGGCCAAGAUCAACAAGAAGAAGGAGGAAGGGGAGAAGCUCACGGUGGAGAUCCUGAGGUCCAACAUGAAGGAGGAGUUGGCCGGGUUGAAGUCCUCCUACAGCAUCUCCGACCUGGUCCGGACCCCGGUCAUCCGUCACAUCUUCUUCUGCCUCUCCGUUGUCUG